AUUAUUAUAUAGAUUAUGGGAGCUGUUCUUCUUGGAGUUGGUAUAUGGUUAAAAGUUGAUAAAUCAUAUGCUGAUAUAGCAGAUCAGUUUUUUUCUGAGUACAGUUUCUUAACAGCUUCAAAUAUAGCCAUUGCUGUUGGUGUAUUUAUAGUUAUUAUUUCAUUUCUUGGAUGUUGUGGAGCUGUUAAAGAAAUAAGAUCAAUGUUGUUUGGUUUUUUCAUUCUGAUGUUGCUCAUCUUUAUUGCAGAGAUUGUUGCAGCAGCCUUUGCAUACGCAAAGAGAAAUGAUCUGAAGUCUGACAUGCGAAAUGAUUUUAAGAAAGCUAUUAUAUACGACUACGGAACACCUAACAAUGCUAUCGUUAAUACGACUAUAGAUACUUUCCAAAAGACUUUUAUGUGCUGUGGUUAUGAUGGUUAUCUGGACUACUAUUAUUCAGCUUAUACAAAUAAGACUGAUUUUCUUCCAGAAUCUUGCUGUGUGAAAAAUUCAGGUCAUCCAUGUCCAACUCAUAAAGCAAGUCUUCUAGCCGAAGCUUAUUAUCAACAGGGGUGUUUUAAUCAGGUUAUGCAGUAUUUAAGAAAAAACUUAUUAUUGAUUGGUGGACUGAGCAUUGCUUUUGCUGUUAUUCAGAUAUUGGGAAUGGUGUUUUCGCUUAUAUUAUUCUGUGCGCUUGGUGGACAAGGAGAAUAUGUUUAAUCUUUAAGAAACAUAAAAAUCGAAAAUUAUUUCUAAUAAAGAUACUUGUAGGGAGAUUUUUUUGUGUGAAUUUUAAAAUGUUUUUUUUUUGCUAAAUUUAUAAUGAUUUUACUUUAUGAUGUUUAUUAUAUUAAAAUCUUAUAAGAUUAUUUUAAUUGUCGUUUUUAUUGUCAUUUUUAUUCAGAAGUAUGUAAAUAUUUUAGUUUUUUGAAGUUUUUUUGGAAUUUUAAAAAUACACUCUUUUAAUGAUA